AUGGCGGCGGCGCUGGCGCCCCCCGGGCCGGGAGUCGCUCUCGAUCUGGGGCUGGAGUCCGUCCUGCGGGAGGCCGUGGCGGCUCUGGACCGGGCUGGGGAGGGGUUGGUGGCGGCGCUGGGCGCGGUACGCGCCGCUCUGGCGGCAGCGGGCGGCCCAGCCGCGCUCGGGGAGCGGGAGCGGGCGCUGUUCGGCGCCCUCCUGCGCAGGCUGGCCCGGGCGCCUGGCGCGGCGCGGCCCCAGGGCCUGUGGCAGUGCUGUUUCCUGGAGGGCCCGCCCGGCCUUGUCCUCUGCGUGUUGCUGGAGGCGCUUGGCUCUGCGGGCUCUGGCCUCGACCCGAGGGAGGUAGUUGAGGUCCUGGAGCAGUUCCUGCAGCAGGGCCGGCUGUCAGCAUUGCUGUGGGAGGUCUGUCAGCCGCAGGUACAGGCAGGCUGCCUGGAACUGCAGGGCACCCUGCUCAACAAGAUCGUCUGUUUGCCCGACCAUGUGAGCAAUAAACUCCUGGGGAAAAACCCACCAGUGUUCUUCCCACAGAACUACUUCCCUCUGCUGGGUGAUGCAGUUCUCCAGGUGCUAGAGAAGAUCUCUGACUCUCUGCGGGGUGGCUUGGACUGCUCCAUCUCUUUUGUUUCUCAUGUCUUGGGGAAGGUGUGUGUUCAUGGAUGGCAAAAGGAAAUUCUGGGAGUUUUGGUGCCCCGCCUGACAGACCUCACCAAGUCAGACUGCAUCUGGCAGAGGAUAUGCUGGCAGUUGGUGGAAUGUGUGCCAGACCGCUGGAUGGAAGCAGUGGUCCUUGGUUUUGUGCAGAGAGCACCUGGGGCAGAGGUCUUGUCCAGAUUGCUGGGUAACCUGGUUGUGAAGAACAAGAAGGCUGAGUUUGUGGUGGCACAGAAGAUGCUGCUCUUGCAAUAUGGCCACACGACAGCAGUGCUGCAGAACCUCCUUGGCUACCUGGCCCUGGACAGCGGCCGGCGCCCCUUGCUGCUCAGGGUGCUGCAGGACCUGUUGGAGACCUGGAGCAGCAGCAGUGCUGUGAAACACUCGCCAGCUGAGCAGCAGCUGUACAUUAGCAAGGCCAUCCUCAUCUGCCUCUCCCACCUGAAGGAGCCUGAAAUUGCAAGCUGCAGACAAGAGCUUCUGACAAGCAUGAUGGAGGGUGUGAAAUGCCACUUGGAGAGCAGUCUGCCCCAGCUGAGGCGUCUGGGCAUGGUGGUGGCAGAGAGCAUCAGCUUGAGCAUAAACACCGAGGGGCCUGUCCUGAAGUUUGAGUAUGAAGAGGACGAUGAAACAAGAGAAUUGAAGUCCCUUCUGGUGCAGACUCCAUCAUUCUGUGUUGUCCCCAGUCCUCCAGAUAAUGACAGGAGUGAGAAAGCAGGCGCUGCACUGCCCUUGGUGCCAGAGAGGAAUGAGAACUCCUACACAGCAGCCCCAGUUAAGGCAGAUGAGGAGUCGGAUGCUGAACUUGACAGUGAUGAUGACCUCAUCCCUUAUGAUAUGUCUGAGGAUAAAGAGCUAAAACUUAAGGCUCCUAUGUAUAUCCGAGACUGUAUUGAAGUUCUGACUGGAUCAAGAUCUGAAGAUGUGGACGAAUGGGAAGCUACAGUCAAGGCACUUGAGAGCUUGGUUCGGAGGAAUCCAGCAGCAACAAGAGAGGUUAGCGUGGAGCUGGCAAAAAUAUUAUUGCAUCUGGAGGAGAAGACCUGCAUUGAAGGCUUUGUGGAGCUCCGUCAAAGAGCUCAAGUAGCUGUUUUAACCACAGACCCAAUACCUGUUGCAAAGUACUUGACCUCCCAGUUCUACUCUCUGAACUACAGUCUCCGUCAGCGCAUGGACAUCCUUGAUGUAUUGGUUUUGGCAGCUCAGGAACUGUCCUGUCCCAAAUUCCAUGGGAAGACCAAACAUUCUGGUGUCCAAAAGCCUUGUAUCCAGCUCCUUCCAGAAAGUGAGAGCUCUAAGGGCUGGAGAAGAAUUGUUGAUGAGAGGAUCAAAAGCAAGACUCGGAGAUUUGUUACGGGUCAGUCUCAUGUGGAACUGGCUUCCUGCCCAAACGAGUUCAGUUCCGUUGCUGGAUAUUUCUUCUUCCCAUUGAUUCAGCACUUUGACAGGCCUUUAACAACAUUUGAUCUCCUGGGAGAAGAUCACUUAGUCCUUGGAAGGCUGGUUCACACUUUAGCAGUUUUGAUGUACUUGGCUGUCAACACCGUGGCAGUGACAGCAAUGGGAAAGGCUCUGCUGGAAUUUGUUUGGGCACUGCGUUUCCACACGGACUCGUAUGUGCGCCAGGGCCUUUUGUCCUGUAUCUCCUCCCUGCUCCUCAGUGUCCCUACGGAACGGAUUCUGGCAGACAUGACAGAAGAGCUGUUGGAGACUCAGUCCUGGCUGGGAGAUGUGAUGGAGAAAGACCCCGAUGGGGACUGCAGAAGGCUGGCCCUGCAAAACUUGCUGCUAAUGGAGAACCUGAAAAAGAAACUUGAAGCUGUUCCUUCCUAG